CACUUUGCGGAGCAGCUGCAAAGUGGAUGCAGAGUCCAGCUCCGGUUCUGGUGUCGGUCCUCCGGCCUCGAGUCGGCUCACCGGAGGAUGGAUUUCUACCACCUGACCUUCAUCUGCGGAGCGCUGCUGUCUGCGUGCAAAACAUCCGGCAACAAAAGGAGCAGCAAGAUCUUUGAUGUGCACGAGACAACAAAGCACUUUGACAUUUGGAGAAGGAACAACAGAGCGUCACAGAGGGACGUCAUCGAGCCUCACAACUACAUGAUGUCAAUUUACAAAACUUUCUCUGCUGCCGAGAAACUGGGACUCAACGCCAGCUUCUUCCGCGCGUCGAAAGCCGCAAACACGAUCACGAGUUUUGUGGACAGGGGACAAGAUGACCUCCCACUCUCCCCUCUAAGAAGACAGCAGUAUCUGUUUGCCGUCUCAACCCUCUCCAAAAAAGCAGAGGUGCUGGGAGCUGAGCUCAGGAUAUACACCAAAUUGUCUGGGAAUUUCAGAAUAUUAGAAACAGAAGCCAUCGACAUCCAACUCCUCUCCUGCCACGAUCAGCAGCUGCUCCACUCCAAAACGCUCAACUUCCAGGAUUCCCGCAAGCCAAAAUGGGAGGUGUUGGAUGUGUGGGAAAUAUUCAAAGUGACUCCAGGGAAACACUUGUGCCUGGAGCUCCGGGCUGUGUUUGACAACAAUGACAGGGAGCUGGACCUGAACCUUGUGGGCUUGCACCGGCAUGGCCGGCCCCAACAGAAGAAAGCCAUCUUAGUGGUGUUCACCAGGUCUAAGAAAAGGCAAACAAUUUUCAGCGAGCGGAAAGAGCGGAGGGUGAUGCUUGGACUCAAAAAGAAAGAAAAAGACAAAUGGUCUGAUGAUAAAGGCAGCAGGAGACGGAGGACGGCGACAUCAAGGACCCGCCAUGGCAAAAGAUAUGGCAAGAAAUCCAGAUCCAGGUGCAGCAAGAAGCCAUUGCACGUCAAUUUCAGGGACCUGGGCUGGGACGACUGGAUCAUCGCCCCAUUGGAUUACGAGGCGUACCACUGUGAAGGUGUCUGUGAUUUCCCCCUGAGGUCCCACUUAGAGCCCACAAACCACGCCAUCAUCCAGACUCUGAUGAACUCCAUGAACCCCAGCAACAUGCCGCCGAGCUGCUGUACCCCAUCCAAACUCAGCCCCAUCAGCAUUCUCUACAUCGACUCAGGAAACAACGUGGUCUACAAACAGUACGAGGACAUGGUGGUGGAGUCAUGUGGCUGUAGGUAGAAUUGUUUUACUUCACGCUGAGAGUCAGCAGGAAACAGCAAGACAGACU